CCCAAUGCAAACCACAUCUUCAACGCCAUACAUUCCUCCAUGCGCCACUGUGGCUCCUCCGUCUACCCCAACGGCAUGUCAUUCUAUCUAGCCACCGUGCCCCGCGGAAUGCACUUCUAUCAUGGGACAGGCACAGCAGAACCAAUCACCGGACUCGAGUGGCUGGCUUUCGAACCAACUCAUGCUAUCGGCUUUGCGCAUCGAGCUGAACGUCCUCCCUCCCAUCACCAUAAACGAGAACAGCAGGUGCUGAGCAAUGAAGACCCUCCCGAACAUGGCUAUCUCCAUACCUAUUCCACGGCAAAAGAUCUCCGUCUGCUCUAUCUAGACGGUAUGUCUGGAAUCAAAGGGUCCGGGGGGACAAUGGACGCCCAGGACCGGAUUCUCUUUAACGAUAGUAUCGAUGGGGAGUUGGUGUCGAGGUAUAAGAAGAUCGGGGGACCGGUAGAUGAUCAGCAGCGUGCGAUUUUCGGGUGCCAAAUGGCUAAAACUGAUUGGGGUGGUCGGGUUGAUGGGUUCAUUCGUACUGAGGCGGGAUUUGAGAUUAUCCUUUGCAAUUUCGAGCGCGAUCUUGAAGUUGUUCGGAUCGCACGCACGAAGCCGCAGACUGAUGUGCAGGUAUUUGGCCGGAAAAGCCAGCCUCCAGGUGGAGAUCGACAUAUGUUUCUAUCGCCAUUUGAUGAUCUCGCUGCGCAGAGGGCGAGGGUCGAUUUCGAUCAUCUCGUCACGGCGUAUACAUACCAUCUGGAUUUGUUUGCUGGGGGCAGUGAGCUUCCACGGUUAAGUCAUGUCCCUACCCAUCAGCUGGACUCUAUCAAGCGAGAUAUUCAUGACUUGAUCAUGACUCGAGAACCGUCGCUAAAUCCAUUCGACUGGCAAGCUAUCGCUGAUCGAAUCGUUGUGCGAUACUCAGAUAAACUGCAGGCUUUGUAUAGAACCUCCUUGUCGCUGGAAACGCUGCGUGGUCAGGUUGAAACAAUUCUAGAGCCUUUUAUCGACUACGAUAAUAUUGAUGGUGAGGAGAUCGUUCAGCGCUGUCGGGAUGAGUUUAUUCCCAGAUAUGGGACGCCAACUGGCACCCUUGCUGGGGAUGUUGUACACUAUGUCUCGGGGAGGAUCUGCUCCACGCUGACAUCUGUCUUGCUGCAGGAUGUUGACCUAAAUAGGGCAGUGGAGAACCUUCGAGAUUUGGUUUCGUAUCUGGCGUGGACGACUUGGUCGGGUUGUUGA